AUGCGACACAGCAACCCGUACGCCUCGUCCUACACCUCUCACAGCGCCUACGAACCCCGCACUUCCCCACCCAGGCGACCAGCGCCGCAAUCGUACAGAAGUCACACCCGCAAACCAACAUGGCCACCCUCGCCCUGCGUCGAGGACGAGAAGGAGGCGCUGGCCAAAGAGGCCACGUCCAAGGCGGGCUCGUCAGGCCAGGACGAGGGUGAGCCGCCCGCCAACACGCGGGGCACCGUCGACCAGGAGAGUCUCCUAGACGAGAUUGAGCAGCCCAAAUCUGUACACGACAAUGACCGCCGCUUCGUGCUCGUGUCUGAAUCCAGCACCGACGAUGACGCCGCUGCGAGGUCCAGAAGGCACCGAGAGCGUCGGCGGAAGAGCGUCGCAGACCGUGGGCACAUGCCGCACAUCAACACCCACGUCGCCGACCCGCCCGUCGUAAUUGAGCGGGAGAGGACGCCAUAUGGGUACUCGAAACCGCAGAAGGAGACGAUUGCGCCCACACCAGCCGAUUAUCUGCGUUCCCCGGAGCCCAUGACCCCUUCCAAUAACAACAGCACCAGCAUCCCGAGAUCAGACCCGAAUCGCGACAACAGAGAUUCACCCAGGGACUACAAUGCCAGAGACUCGCGACCCACGCCGAGCAACAGCCGCCACAACUCUUACACUACGUCGCGGCCAUCCAAGAAAGAGCCGACUUCGCUAUACGGCAGGCAUGACACAAUGCCUGUACCAAGACCCCGGAUAGAUGUACAGAGCCCGUCCCCAGCGAGGCAAUCAUCAGCCGAUUCGUUGCCGUAUCCAAUUGAUGACCAGCUCAUUGAUGUUGUAAUGCCACCAGAAGAGAAUUUCCAAUUUGACCAUUCAACCAUCGCUUCGCCUAGACAAGACUACAUAAAUACGCCGAGAGUCCUGUCGCCUGUCAUCCCAGCUUCGCCAUACAUAAGAGAUGAACCACCUCGGCCUCCCAGACAUGAUGACGAACGGAUAGAAGAACCGGAACGCCCGCGAAAGACGAGGUCGAAUAGUGUUCGCGCGCAAGGUGGUCGUCGGGACAGAUCGUCUCGGGGAGCAACCCUUAUUGACAAGCCGCUACCAACCUGCCCGAGGGGAGUCCUGAGUGGACCUUACGACGACUGGUACAGUCUCGAGGGAUACAAAGGCUUCAAUAUCUGUCCUAGCUGCUACAACAGUGUCUUUGCUGGUACACCUUUCGAGGUGGACUUCGCGCAGAUAUGGCUGAAUGAUUGGUCUUCCAAGCGGGUUUGUGACUUCAGCAGCCCCUGGACGCGCCUCGCAAUGAUGCUCACUAUCAAGCAACGUCGCAAGUCUCUUGAGUUGAUUUACACACUUGCCGAUAUUAUGGAGUAUCAAGCUCGACCUUGUCCAGGAGAUCAUGAAGCUGGCCCAGACGAGGGCGUCAGUUGGUAUGGCAUCCCUGAUCAGCGCGACGGUAUACAUGUCGCCAACUUUGCCAUUUGCUCGAGCGACAGGAAAAUGAUCGAGGCCUUGCUACCAACUCUACGCGGCUACUUCACCAAGAUCCCACGCGCCUAUUCGCACACCUUGUCCCGGUACACAUGCAGCCUACGCACAAGCUCCCAUCGCUUCGUCAAGUACAUGGAUCUCCUCGUAGAGCUCGAUGCCGAAGCUCGAGCUUCUGGUCGAGCCCCCAACAUCAACCGUUUCAUCGAACUCGCGCGCAAUAACGCCUUCAAGGGCGAAUGCAACGGAGAUAAAAUCUUGUUCCGCAAGCCCUGGCACUUCAUACCCUCACUCCCCGAAUUCACAGUCUGCGAAGAAUGCUACGACGAAGCCAUCUGGCCGGCCCUGCAAUCAAAAUCUCUACCUUCCACCAUCCCACGCCUCUUCAACAAGUCUAUUCAACUUGUUCCCGGUGAAGACCCCGAAGUGGGCUCUAGCUGUUGCCUUUGGAGCCCCCGAAUGCGCAAGGUGUGGGAGACGGCGGUCAAGUAUGAGGAUUACAGUUAUCUGAAAGAUCAAGCGAGGGAGAGAAAGAAGGCGCAUGCAAAGUAUGUGCGCAACAAAAAGGCCAUUGCGGAGUGGGUGGGUGAUGCACCGAAGGGCAGCAGUAAGUGGGAGAAGGCGAAUGAGGAGCUGAGGGAAUUGAAGAAGAGGUGGUAUACUUAUGAAUGA